GGAUAUACGUGGAAUACCGUAAACAAGAUGGCGACUGCCUCUUCUGAAAACAUUGUAAACGAAGUUGAAAAUUUGAAUGUGAAUGAUAAUGAGAACUCUCACAAUAUUGCAGCAACAUCGCUUAGUGAAAAGCACAAAGAAAAAUGGGGCUUUCCUCUAGAGGAAGUUUAUAAAAUCGCGCUAAGGUUUUUCAAAGGUAAAUUUAGUAUUUAGAACUUUGUUGGCAAUGAUCCGGCAAAGUUUAUGAGUUUAUUUAACAUGGCAUUUUUUGGGGUACGCCAAUGUAAUGUAUUGUAGGCCAAGAAAAACUAAUACUCCCAACUUCUAGUUAAGCUAGUCUACUUAUUUGAAGUGGAUGUUUACACCGCAGCGGUGUACCUAGCGAAACCAUUGGCUUUGGCGUGUGUAAACCGCGGUGGUGCACCUAGCGAAAUCGUGGGAUUUGGCCUGGGUACACCACCGGAAAAAAUGUACCAUUUGCCUGGUUUUAAGAUAUGCCUGUUAGAAACGAUCUUGUGUGGUCAAGUAGUAGAGUGGACGCCUGGCGAUAUUAUAAUUUGAGUAGCUCAGUAGAGGAUUGAGGUUUUUUUUUCUUCCCAUUUUAAUUUUAAGAAUUUAUAUUUAAAUUAUCAUGUUCAUUUGCAACAGUAGUUUCAUGAGAAGUUUUUAAAUAUUUUGUAGCAAUUUAAACAAUUUAAAUAUAUGUUAUAUUCAGAUUAUUAAGUGUUUCAACAAGUUGUGCCGGCCUUUGACUUUGAUACUUUGAAAAUAUUGGUAAUAUUCGUAAUAAGUUAAUAAGUGAUAAGACAUUGUUAAAAUAUUUGUUUUCGGGGUUUUACAGUAAACGAAUAUUAGAGCCCCCAAUGUUAAAUCUUGCCCCCAAAUGUUACAACUUCGACUACGAAUAAUAUUCGAUGUUUGUUUGUAUAAACAAAGGUCCCUUCUGAUACGUUAUAUUAGUACGUCCACAAGGCUCUGUCUAGGGUAUGAUUAUAUUACUAAUUAAGUACUCUAAAUUAAUCUCACUACACACUCACUCCAACGUUCAAUGUCACUCUCACUAGCUCUCACUUCUAUUAAUACUAUCAACAUAAUAAGAAAAACAAAGGUGGUUCAGCCCACAAAUAAAUAUUUCAUUACCACAAAGAAUUAUCAACAUACACACUACAUAUACUAUACACAUAUACAGGAUAACAAGAUAUACUGCCCAAUAUUAUUAAAUACUAUGCUCCAACUGGCGAUCUUGUCCUAUAGGCAAGUCCCACAUGCACACACUCCGCAGCCGUCUCCUCGGGUCACAGCGCACUGCUAGGAGGUAGGUGUCGACCUUGACACUUCACCGAGGGUUACACACACACAGUACAUGCUAGAGUCUUGUUUGAUUUUUCUUCCCUCACUGAUCACUAUGACAUAACAGGUCUCUGGUCGAGUCUCUGCUAUUCUUGUAGUAGGCCUAACCUACACUUAGUUCUUUUAAUUGGAGGUCAACGUUAUUCUGACCCUAACGUCUGACCCUACUAACUGAACUGUACUAGCUCAACUGUUAAUUACGUUACUGUUCUUACUGAAAUAUUACUCACUAGUUCAAUUAUCAAUUAAUGAUCCUAAUAUUACUUACUAAUCCAAAUAUUACUUUCUCUACUAUUACUCUCUGGCUUGGAAUGAGAAUGACAAAUACAAUGCAUAAGACAUAGGUCAACAAUUAAAAUCACAUCACAUUAUUAAUAAUUAAUCAUACUCUAAAAGUGACUAUAGUCCUAACAUUUUCUUAAUAACUGCAACUACAAUUCUACAUACCCGUACACAUGAAUAUGAAAGUUAACAUUACUAGCCCAACACAAUCAGGAUAAACACACUUCAUCAACUAAUUAUGCCAGCCAGGCUCUACUGACAGACUUCAGGUGAAAAAGGCCGAUACAUGAUUAGGGCCUUUAAUAUAUACUCAAAGUUUGGCGUCCUUGUCCCUCAUUCAAACGUCGCAUUCAAGCGCCGCGUUCACAUGACUCACGACUCACAUGCGUCGUUUCAGUACUCAGUUAACUCAGCGUGGUAACUCUUAAGCAGAAUGAGUGCAUUGUUUUAAGCUGGGUCCCAGUCAAGGUUAUCAGGCUAAUUUCCAUUGUUAUUUGAGAAAUUGUUAUUAUUGUAAGGCCCAGCCUAAUUGUGUCAUAUCGCGUGGGGUAGCGAUGGAGAGAGAGUGUGAGCCAGUGGGUCUCACAAAGGUGAGGACCAGCGGGUCUCAACAGCUACUGUCUUAGAAACUUUGAUAGGAAUUUGGAUCACUAGUGUGUACUGCUGAAACAGUUCUUUUGAAAACCAAACUGCAGAGAUCUGGUUGUAUUUCCUACACAACCAAACUAAUAUUUUUCUUGCAUCUUGCAAAUGUCAAAGAGAUUGAAAGUCAGACUGCAAUAUCUUUUGAGGUAGAUGAGUAAUUGAAGAGUCUCCUGCUAAGUGUCAGGAAAGUUUUGUUUGACUCAUUAAUCGGAGUAAGUUGAGAGAUUUGGAAGAGAUAGAACAAAUAAAUUUUAGCAUUCUGUAGUACAUGUUUAACAUAUCUGCAGCGUUGGUCUGUUCACUUUAAAGAUUUUGAAAUAUUUUCUUGGGUGACUUUGAAAGUAUUCCCUUCCUGGGACAACGUAAAAAGGAGUGUCACUUGUGUAAAUAAAUUCUUCCCAGUGAAAAUUGUUGUUAGGGUUGUCUUUGGUGAGCUAACUUAUGUGAAACAAUUUUUGUCACAUGCUAGGCUGGAAAAAUGGAACUCGCAAAACAUUUCUGUAGAUUAAAAAUGGGGGCAAAAAUUUAAACCUUUCAAUCCAAAUGAUGUAACUUCUGGAAAUUUGAAAUUACCGUUCGAGUUUUCAUUAAGCCUUCCUGUGGAGCAGCUUUCUCUUAGGUAAACGAUGUUUGGAUGCCUGAGAAAUCGCAGCUGAAAGUAAACACUCUGAGAGAUAUUUUAAUUUUAUAGUGUAACAUUGAUCUACAUGUCAUCAAUAUUAUAUGUUUCUUGAAAAUGGAAAUUUGUUAAAAACUAUUCAUGGGUCUGCAAAAUAUUCACAAUAGUUUAUAACAAAAUGAUGAACAAAGGAAUAUUAAAAAUCAUGCACAAACCUCCCCCCCCCCCCCGAUAUGCCACUGGUUGCUAUGAGCCUUUCUGGCAUCCAGAAUCUGUUAAGCUCAAUUAAGUUUGAUCAAAAAAGGUAAAACAGUAUGUUGGAAUGUAGGUCAAGAUUUCCCCAUGGUGAACAUGUGGAAGAAAAACACAAUUUUAUGACAAAAUAGUCCUUCCAAUAAUGCAAAAGCACAAAAGUCCAAAAAUUGAAAACUUGGAUUCUCCUGCACCAAUGCCCAUUUCCCAUACACAUUUUUAGUGGUCUCCCUUGCUUUAGCGAAGUAUGUAGUUUCGACAUGUUUCUGUGUAAAGUGUAUCAAUUAACUGCCCGUUGUUUCCAAAUUGCAAACCAUGCUGAGUGAGAUUUUCCUUGUUUGAAUUUAACAGACAGAUUAACGGGUUCCCUUUAAGCUUCCCGCUUAGCCCAGCUCUGUGCUGUUGGCAUGCAGAAAUAGUGAUGCACAGUAAAUUUAAUAAAGAAAAAAUAUUUUGCCUGAAGUUUUUUACUAUUAACGGGGGUAUUUACUUUUUAAAAAACAAUUAAAUUAUUACACCAAUAGCAAUAGAUACUGUCAGUCUAAUGGUGAGUCUGUCACUCUAACCAGUUGCCACUUGCCCAACAGGCCAACCAGACACUCAUAUUUUCAAAUACAUCCGACAUACAUAAAAAGUAUAUUUAUAGGAAAGAGCUGGCUGGGAGCUUUCCAUUGAUACAAAGAUAUUAUUUCUAUCAUUGAUAGAAGAAAAGUGCUUAAGUGAUUUAUUUUUCCUCACUAUUUAGCUUUGUUGUUACCGGUAAUUCUAAAAUUGUGAUAAGAUUUAUUACUCUUCUUGAAUUAUUUUGUUUGUAUCUUCUUGGCUAUUAAAGUUAGAGCGCUCAAAUUUGAAUGAGACAUUUACAAUACACUGUUUAACAAAACAAAAUACAUGAAUUGUGAAUUAAUUUAUUAUAUUUCAUUUAAAAAAAUGAUUUUUUUAAAAUGCCAUAACUACUAAACCCAAAAAGCUAUUACUAUAAAAUUUUAAGUAAAAACAGAUAAUGUGCAUAUGAAAGUAAGGCAAUCAGUAAAUACUAAUGCAGAUUAGAAAAUUCAUGCAAUAUUGGAAAAAAAUAUUUUAUAAAAAGCGACCACAGUCAAUAAAUUUUUAUAUUUAUAGACAUAACUUUUAAACUAAUAAAGCUAGUAUGGUGAAGUUUUCAUUUCAAACAGAUACUGACUAUUGAAAGGUAAUAAACUAUUGAAAUAUAACGAAGGAAAUUCAAAACAUUCUCAAUUUUAAAUUUUAAAAAAAUGUUAUGCAAUGAGAAGCAAAUUCUGUCGACACUAAUGUACAUCUUAAACAUAAAUUUUAAACUAAUAAUGCUAAUUCAAUGAAAUUUACAGUACAUUUAGACUGUGACAACCUCAAAUUAAUAGAGUUUUCAAAUACAACAUAUAUAACACAGAAUAUUUUAUAACAAAGUUAUGUAGUGAAACUCCAUCUCUGCCGACACUGUUGUACAUUUAAAUACAAAACUUAAAUAUCAAUAAUAAUACAUCCAAUGUAAUAUAGCUAUCCACAGCAACAGAUGGUGUCCUUGUCCAACUGAAAUUAAAAAAUGUUUAAAAAAAAUAAAGUUUAAAAAUAUUGAAUAGAAAAUUGAAAUAAAUUUCAAAUAAUAAUGCGAUUAAAUAAAAAAGAAAAGCUCCCAUAAGAAAAUCAAAAAUGAAAUGUGACAGUUUUAUCUCUAGAUGAUCAAUCAAUAAUACAAUUAAAUAAAAAUAAUAGCAUCAGAAAUGAAAGGUGACAAUGUUAUUUCAUCAUGAUCUAUGUCUUUUUGUGUUUUUUUAAUAUCAACUUUAGCAAUUGUUAUUGUCUUGAAAACAAGGGAAUAAAGAUUAGUGGGAGAUUUAUCAGGAUGGAUAACAGGUAAUAAUGUACAAAAAGGUUGAUUGCAUUUAAUUUAAGCAAAUUGAAGACAUGUCCUUAGUGUUAAAAUCUAAUUUAAUAAUAGUAUUUAUAUGGGUCAAUCGAUACACAUUAAUAAAUAGUAGUCUUAGUUUACCAAAUAUUAACUAAUAAAUACAUUGCUUAACUACCAAUACCACUUAUUAGUUGUGUCUUAUAAUCAGUUUAAGAAGAGGCAUUCCAAUUGGAAAAUUGAUCAAAUUCCUAAUUUAAAAAGAAUAAUUGUAAAAGCAAUUAAUUUAAAACAAAUUAUUCUUUUUGUCUUUACCAUUGUAUAUAGUUUAGUCAUAUUAUAAUAAAAAAAUAUUUGUUUGAUAAGAUGUUUCAAUGAUUUAGAAAUGUUUAUUUUAAACUGUUAAUUUCCACAUAAUUUCACCUCCCUCCAGUAAAAAAACAUUUUUUGUAAAGAUGGUCGCCGUUUUUCUGAAUACAUGUGGUGAUCAUGUCAUUUUCGGGAUCAUAGAUUCUAGAAAUAGUCAGUAAUAUUUAAAAUAAAUGUUUCAAUUUUCAAAUGGAUAAGCUUGCUCUGUGUUAAGUCUUAAUUCUCUAUGCUCUGUGCAAACAAAAAACGAAAUGAGUUUCCACUUACCCAAAGUUUGUGUUCCAACUGUUCAUCUGAGGUAGGUUAGGUGACAUAGUAUUUGUAACCCUCAUGACCAGAAUUCUUCAGUAAAUAUAGUUCAAUUCUGAAAGUUAUUUAUUUUUAGAAAAUUAUCCAUUGGAACAGCUAAUCUCAAAACAUACCAAAAGCCCCCAUUCACGGUUCGUUACAGAAAUGAGCCAAACACAGCCCCCAGUAUCAUAUUGGGGAGGGGGGCUAGCCCUCUACCUAGUCCCCUCCCCAUAGUUUCAUUCUAGAACAAUUUUUUCGGUGUCCUAAAUCUCUUCUUCCACACCCCACCCCGACGGUCAAAGUGACAAAUGACGUUAUACAAUUUUUGUGUAUGUGUGUGGCAGCACAUGUAGAAGUGUUUAUUUAGUGUUUAUUUUCUUUGAUAGAUAUUUAUGACCCUCAGCCCGCAACGAGUUGACUUGCGAUCAACUGGGCUGUGAAGCCAUUUGGGCUAGGCACUCCUGCUGUAGUCUGUAUUAUUGUAUCUAUACAUUGUAGUUAACCAUUUCUAAAUAGAAUAGCUAACUCAUUUUGCAUAUUUUACUUUAUGUCAUACUUGUCAUUCCAUGCACAUUUUUAUUUCAUCUUUUCAAAAUAUUGCUUAAAACAAAUUUUUGGCGCUCUGUUCCUGAAAAAUUCUAGAGGAGCAUUGCAGUUGGAAUAGGCCUAUUUUUUAGCAUUGUUAGUUUUAGAGUUUUUUUUUAAAAUAUAUAUAAAUUGCAUUUUAAUUGCAAGAUAUUUUAAGGAAAUGGGAAAUUGUAUAUUAUGAUUUAGGCUUUUGAAAAAUGUAAAUUAAACAAUUUUACUCAUUGAAGUACUUAUAGCUUAUGGAGAGUUAGAAAAUGAGUGGUUGAACACGUAGGAAAUAAACAAUCGAGACAUUUUUAAAUUUUAAUUUAUAAGUCAUUUUAAUUUUAAGGGUUUGAAAUGUUCAUAGUCAUUUUAAAAUGAAUGGCAUUAAUUCUGAGUAAAGAACAUAAGUGCUUGAUCUAUUACCAAAUAUCAUUGAGCUGAAAGAAUGUUUCUCAAACCUUUUGAGGCCACCACCCAAUUUGGGCCAUAACUUCAUACUGAGCACCCGCUUGAUAAAAUUUUCUGUUGUGUCUUCUUGCCCAACCCCUUCAUUCCACAAUGGAAUAUAAAAUUAUAACAUAUAUUUAAUUUUUUUAAAAAAGGAAUACAGCAUUUAAUUUUAACAAAAUUGAUAAAACACAGAUUAGUUUGAUAUAUUGACUCAUCAGCGUUUUAGAGUCACAUACAUGUUUUGCAAGAGUCUUAGAUUUAUAACCUCUUACCUUGUUUAUUACCACCAAAGCAACCUUCCGGGUUGUUGCAUUUGUUCAAUGCCUGGUUAAAUCUUCCCUGGUUUAUUACACCAAAGUGACUUUUGGAGUUUUUAAGUUAUAGCAGUUGUUUAAUGCCUGGUUGAAGUCUCAUUGCAGAAACACAAUUUCAUAUUUUUAUCUUAUACAAACACAACAUAGAUAAUGCAAUCUGGAAAUUUUUUAACAUCUUCCACCUUGAAGCAUAGGGAUAAACAAAUUUUGUAUGGAGCAAAAACUCUUGUUACAAUUUUUGUAAACUUUUGCUUGUGCACAUAGCCAUUUAAGCUGUGCAUAAGCCCCUCCUAAACUUCACAAACUGGUUCAGCCAUAAAAAUGGAUUUAUCUCCCAAUCUGUGAUUUUUAUCCAAAUAAAAUAAAGUAAAUCCCAAUUUCGCUCAGCCUUCUUGUACCAUAUCAAAAUAGUCGCCAAUGUGCAGCUAAUUUUAGUGUUUCUUAAUUUUCUCACCUGGGUUCAAAAUAAAAAUAAUUUGAGACAUGUUAUAUUAAACUUGGACAGAGCUAAUUUGGUAAAUGUAAGAGAGAUAGCACUCCCAUUUAACUAAGAAUUCCUUUUAAUUUUAAUUAAAUUUUAUAUAAUACCGGUAUCUCUAACAAAUAAGCAAUGGGUUUUUCCAUCUCCCGGGUUUUUGCAUUUCCUGGCCCCUAAAAAGUUUACUCUUUGACUUUAGGUAGUACAUCCAGAACCUAAAGUUAACUCUUUGACAUUACUACUUUAUACUCAAAUUUAUACCAGAUUAUACUUACCGGUAUACUUAGAUUUUAAAAAAAUAUCAGUAGCAAAUAUGGUAAAUGCUAAAUAUUGACCAUUACUUGGAAUUGGUAAAAAUUAGAUACUGACCAUUACUUGGAACUGGUACACAGCCGAAAUAUCUAUCCAGCAGAGCCCAGAUUUAAUAUUUUUUUUAUUGGGCUUUAAUUUUUAAUUCUCUCUCUUUUUUUAAAAGAUUUGAUUAUUUUUUAUGCUAGUAGCGAUCGGGACGAUUCUGUGAAAAGUUUGUUUGUGGACAAAGUAAGUAACAAACAAACUGCUAUUGUUAUUGACAAAGUAAGAAACAAACAGCUGCUAUCACAUAAGGACAUUGAUUUUUUUUUUCGUUCCUGUUUGUAGCAGUGUAAAUGAUAGUUAUUUUCAUAAUGUUCUGGAAGGCAGUUUAAAGAUCCCCCCCCCCCUCCUGUCUUUCCCUGAUGUAAAAUGUCAUGUGGCUCCAGUGGUGAUUAUCAAUAGUGGAGUUGCACCAGCCCGUGGUCUGAAGGCACUAAAUGCCUUUGUGCAGCAAGCUUAGAUGUAUCAGUUCCACAACUUUGGCUCAUCUAUAGGAAGCUUAUUUCUUGUCUUGAGUUUUUUUUAAUUGAAUUUAUAUUGAUGCACAUCUUUUUUUCUCUGAAUAGGAGAGUGAGAUGAGCUUUGUUUCCCCACACAAAUAAUUGUCACAUCAGGUAACUUGAGCUCAGGCAGCCAGAGCUCUAUUGAUGGCUCUUGUUAUAACUGUUACUUUUUCUCUCACAUAAUUGUGUUUUUCCCACUCAAAUAGUUGUCGCUUCAGGUAGCUUGAGCUCAGGCAGCUAUAGCUCUGUUGAUUGCUCUUGUUACUUCUUCUCUCAAAAAAUUGUAACUUAAAGUAACUAGUGUGGGGGUUGCUCUAGUCCGAUUUUUUAACUUCUCCUAAUUAAGCCUGUGUAGCUUUUGAUCCAUGUAGGACAUGUAGGUACGUUUGUUAUCUCCCCUAUCACAUUGACACAUAGGUAACUUAAAGCUUAUUUAUAUGUCUUUUAAAAUUUUUAUUAUGGAUUUUUAUUUGUUUAAUUAUGAAUAUAUUGAUUUCUAAAACUGCAUUGGGAUGAGGUCCUGGGUAUAUUCUGUCCAUACCAAGAGAAAAUAAAAUCAUGUAAAAGAAUUACUUUCCUUAGCCAACAAAUUAAUAUGCCUUUGUAUAACUCAUUAUUUUGUUCUUGAUUUUUUUCACUCAACUCUCUGACCUUAGGGAAAUACUGGAGUAUCUUUUUCGACCCACCCCUAAGGUGACCAUUCAUACUGGUUUUCUGACAUUGGUGUUGGUUAGUCAUGAGUUGUAACCAGUGGAGUUAAAGACCACAAGAUAAAAAAAAUGAUUAAUUUAACAAGAGAUCGAGUACAUCUUAUAAUCAGGUGUAAAUUAGAGACCGACUGAAUUUCGGUUUUGGCGCCAAAAGUGGCCAUUUUAUCUCUGACGGCCAAGUUUCGGUUUCGGCCGAAACUGAAAGUUAACUUUCUGCUUAAUUUCGGUUUCGGCUGAAAGUCAUUAAAAAAAAAAAGUAAUUUUUAACUUUCUGCCUUUUUUCGGUUUCGGCCAAAAGUCAUUUUUAAACUUUCUGCCUAUUUUUUGGUUUCGGCCGAAAGUCAUUUUAAACUUUCGCCCUUUUUUCGGCUUCGGCUGAAAUCAGAAAAUCACUUUUGGUCAGUCUCUAGUAUAAAGUAUUAAAACGUAUUUACAAUUCAUUUAAAUUAGCAUCAUAAUAUUUGUAUUUCAAAAGAGCGUCUCACAGCCAGAAAAGUUCUCCAUGCAACAACAAUUAUUUGUUUACUUUUUUUACACCCAUGUCGCCAAACUGAUUUUAAAUGUCCUGGAUUUAAUUUUAUCAUAACUUUUUGUCACCUUACCUAAAUGGUCAUCACUUUACCUAAAAGGUCGUCACAUUACCUAAAUGGUCCACCUUACCUAAAUGGUCGUCACCUUACCGAAAUGGUCGUCACCUUACCUAAAUGGUCCACCUUACGCAUUUCUCACUUAAUGUGAGUUUCAAUGCCCACAGCUAAUAUAAAAAAAAAAAUUCCAUAAAUUUAAUUACAUUUCCAUGUGAAAAAAAUUCCAUUAAUUUAAUUAAAUUUCUGUGUGAUCCUUUUAGGUUGCUGUCUGCUGCAAUGUGUUUGGUUUUUGGUGUACAUUUUAGUUAAUUAAAUCUCAAAAUACAAACUGUUGGCAUUAUCCAGUCCAUCCAUUUAUGUAUUUUUUAAAAAUCAUCAACAGCUUUAACCGAAGGUGAAAUAAAGAAUGGCAGCAAAAACUUUUUGGUUAAACAAUCAAUGUUUAUUUGACCCCUUGUUUGACCCCAGAGCAUCCUCAUUGUCCCGUAGAGUUUAUACGGUUCUUCUUGAUAUUUCAAGCAAGCCAUUGAUAUCAACUAUUUCUCUGUGACACCGUCUCGUCUCUGUGUAGAGCAGUGCAUCAUCGCAGAGCUCUUUGAAAAGAGACUUUGAUGAAGUGAAACAAUGAGCGUGCAUGAUGGUAGGCAACGUCCAACCAUUGAAAUGUAAAUACAUCCCUAUCGGGAAAAGUCAAUAUUUUCGCGCCCCCCACCCCUUUAUUCCUCUGAUUUUUCACCCUUUUACCCCCUCCCCCCUUUUCUGUCGUAACUCUGGAAAACACUAUCGGUACCUUACUCCUCCCCUCCCUCUUGACAUUGUGAAACGCUGCCUUUUUUCCUAUCUGUACCAUAAAACUCUCGUUGCCACAAUAAAAUUAUCAUCCUUAGAUUUCCCACUUUGUAUGUUUGUAUUUUUACUCACCUUCUACAGGUAAGUUGUAAUUGAAACGUUGAAUUGUAUUCUUUGUAGUCUAAUUACUAUCAGUGUUACCUUUUUUAGUCUCUUUACUAUCCAUGUUACCUUUUGUUGUAGUCUCAUUACUAUCAGUGUUACCUUUUGAAGUAUCAUUACUAUCAGUGUUUAAUUUGUAGCAUAGUAUUCCAUGUUGCCCACAUUCCAACAGUUUAUUCUUUGUUUUAACCAACUCUUUUUUUUUUUUUUAAAUUGAUUUUUUUAGUUCACUUUUUGUUUCUAUUCAGCCCAACCCUUCCUGUGUUUAUUCCCCUUUGUUAGGGCUGUUGCCAAGCAGCAGAAAGAUAACUCUUACAUUACCCUGGUAACCUCCCUUUGGGUCAAUACAUGGCAUUUAUGUGGUUGGGGGGGGGGGUGAAGCAGUGUUUUUUUGGAUGAGUUGAUUAAGAGAAGGGGAGUUUUGAUGACAUGAAGCUGAGACACAAGCGGAGCAUUGCUGGUGAUGCUGGCACUUGGCCUGACAGUUCCAGCACUGGCAGUGACUUUCUGGUAGCUGCUGACAGUUUCCCCCCCCCACCACCACCACUGGCUGGCUUCUUAUCUGUGAUUUUGAGCCAGUUGAUUUGAAGCAAGCUGAACUUGGAUUCUGAUUCUAGUUUUAAAAUCAUUCAUCCAUGUAUGUAUCCAUGAUAAGUAUUAAUGGUCUCCCCAAAUACUGAAUAGUUACCCGUUUGAUCUCAGUUUGAUCUUCUUGUGUGGCAUCAGUUCCUAAUUUGUGAACUGUGAUUUCGAUGAGGUUUUUGUGGAAAGAUUUAGACGUUUAGGUAGGGGUUUAUUUCAAUGGAGUGACAUUUUCAUAUGUAUGUGACAAUUUUUGGGGGCUUAAUGGUGGAUAUUCUGAUAUGAGAAAGCUGAUGUGGUCCAAUAGUUAAUAGUUUAUCUUCUUUAUUGGGUAUUGCCUAAGCUGAACCAUAUCAAUACAAAGUUAGCUAUUGAGUAUGCAGUGAGUGGAAUUUUUAAACAUUUUAUAUCUUACGCUUCGUAUAGGUCUUUUUGUUAUUAAGUACACUGAUACCGCAGUGGUAUAGUUCGAGAAAUCUUUGGAACUUGCACUAUUCAAGGUCAGGCAAUUGGUCUAAGUUGCAAAUUUGUCAAUUAAUUGACAGAAACCUUUUUGGUUUGACAGAUUAAUAAUGUGCGGUCUUGUUUACGACAGAUUAAUAACUGGCAGUCUUUUUAUGACGGAUUUGUGCAGAUAUAUCGAUUUUCAAAUUCAGAGAAUAUCUGUAGAUGGUUCUAUUAGGAAUCUCGUAUCUGAGGAUGUUUCUAUUAGGUAUCUCUUAUCUGAGGAUGUUUCUAUCAGGUAUCUAAUAUCUGAGGGUAGAUAUCUGAGGAUGUUUCUAUCAGGUAUCUAAUAUCUGAGGGUAGAUAUCUGAGGAUGUUUCUAUCAGGUAUCUAAUAUCUGAGGGUAGAUAUCUGAGGAUGUUUCUAUCAGGUAUCUAAUAUCUGAGGGUAGAUAUCUGAGGAUUUUUCUAUCAGGUAUCUAAUAUCUGAGGGUAGAUAUCUGAGGAUGUUUCUAUCAGGUAUCUAAUAUCUGAGGGUAGAUAUCUGAGGAUGUUUCUAUCAGGGGUCUCUUAUCAGAGGAUGUUUCCAUCAGAUAUCUAAUAUCCGAGGAUGUUUCUAUCAGUGAUUUCAUAUAUGAGGACAUUUCUAUCAGUGAUGUCAUAUCUGAGGAUGUAUCUAUUAGUGAUUUCAUAUCUGAGGAUGUUUCUAUCAGGGAGCGCUUAUCUGAGGGUGUUUCUUCUAUCAAGUAUCCAGACCUGUUCACUCUUACGAUUUUGUCGUACAGUGUACGAUUUUUAGGUGUAUACAUUAUAUAUACUGUAUGUUUAUUUUCUUACUAUUAAGAUAAUGUAUUGAAUGAUUUUGUGUUGAUAUUGUAUGAUUUUAAGAGUUUGGGGGUAAACAGGUCUGAGUAUCUAAUAUCUGAGGACAUUUCUAUCACUGAUUUUAUAUCUGAGGACAUUUCUAUCAGUCAUUUCAUAUCUGAGGAUGUUUCUAUCAGGUAUCUAAUAUCUGAGGGUAGAUAUCUGAGGAUGUUUCUAAGAGGGGGCUCUUAUCUGAGGAUGUUUCCAUCAGGUAUCUAAUAUCUGAGGAUGUUUCUAUGAAGUAUCUACUAUGAGAUGACAUUUCUAUCAGUCAUUUCAUAUCUGAGGAUGUUUCUAUCAGGUAUCGAAUAUCUGAGGGUAGAUAUCUGAAGAUGUUUCUAUGAGGGGUCUCUUAUCUGAGGAUGUUUCCAUCAGGUAUCUAAUAUAUGAGGAUGUUUCUAUGAAGUAUCUACUAUGUGAGGACAUUUUUAUCAGUGAUUUCAUAUCUGAGGAUGUAUCUAUUAUUGAUUUCAUAUCUGAGGAUGUUUCUAUUAGGGAUCUCUUAUCUGAGGAUGUUUCUAUCAGGGAUCUAAUAUCUGAGGAGAUUUCUAUCUGUUAUUUCAUAUCUUAAGAUGUUUCUAUCAAGGAGUGCAUAUCAGGAUGCUACUUAUAUAUAGACUUACAUCUAAAAGGGUUUUAAUUUACCAAAUUAUUUUACACCAGUAAAAUGGUGUUAAUGAUAAUAGAGAGAAAUGAUAUGAUAGAUUAUGUGGAUAUUUUGUUAACUUUAUAGCUGACAUGGCAAAAUAUCAGAUUCCACAACAAGGUGAUUGGAUUGCAAUGAAUCUAAUCUGACCUUUAUCUAAUGUUUACUUUUGUGUCAAGACACUAUCCUGAUGGGUCAUGAGGAAGAGAGUAUUGAUUUUGUGUUUAUUUUGUGUCAGGACACUAUCCUGAGUGGUUAUGAGGAAGAGAGUAUUGCUUUUUUGUUUAUUUUGUAUUAGGACACUAUCCCGAGUGGUUAUGAGGAAGAGAGUAUUGAUUUUUUUGGUUUAUUUUGUGUUAAGACACUAUCCUGAUGGGGUAUGACAAGAGAGUAUUGAUUUUUCUCUAUUGAGAAUUCUGUGAAUUAUUCAUUUUAUUCUAAUGACAUGUUCAAGAUAAAAGUUCACCGUCCACUGAUAUGUGAAACAACAAACUGUUUUACAGCCGUAGUGAAGAGUUGUUCGUUUAUGUUACUAAAUAGGCAUACUGACAUACUUAUGUAACUAAAUGGACAUACAUACUGAUGUAACUAGAUACACAUUCUGAUGUAACUAAGUAGACAUACAUACUGAUGUUACUGAAAAGACAUUUACAUACUGCUCAAAGCGUUUUUUUUGGCAGCUACUUGAAUAAUUGUAAUAGUUAAUAAAUCAAACAAGAAGGGCAGUAAUCUUUCCCUUUUGACAAAUCAUAAGACAUGAGAAAACUUACACAUAAAAAUAAUGUGAAUUUUGGUUUUGUCUGUGAUUUUAAACAAGAUUUGAGACGUACAUGUGCAUAAAACAAUCAAGAACUUUUUUUUUUUAAACGCCUUUCCCCCACACCCAAAAUCGGUUUAUAAAUUUUGUGCCUCUUUCAAUUCUCAUUAAAUUUUCAGUUUGUUAAAAAUCCUACUGAACUUAAGAUGUACAUGAAGCUUAAUAUGAGUGGCCGGGGUAUGUGCUGUGUUAAUUUAUGUAUGGCUUCAAAUGGUUUCUCACUGAUUUUGAACAUCUUUCUUCUCUGCUAUUUUGAUGUAAAAAUGACAAGGAAGUAUGUUUCUGUUCCAAAUCUCCAUAAUUGAGGGUGUGCUACUGUUGGAUAUUUCUUCAGAUAAAGAAGGCAAAGCCCUACAGUUGACCUAUCAGACAAAGCUCAAACUAGUUGCACUGACCAAGCAAGCAGCUUACGGCAAGUUCAGACCAGACCUUUUGCCCGAUGUUGGAUUUUUAGACGUUGUGGGCAACGACAGAAGGUAUGAAUGUUUGUAGUUUGUUUUCAUACAAUGUCUAAACACUUAAUUUUAAUUUAAUUUUAUUUAAUUUGUAAGGUAAGCCAUUGCUUAUCAAUCUCAUUUGAGAUUGAUUCUAGGAAAUGCACAACUUAGACAAGAAAGAUUAUUAUAACUCGAGAGUAACAUUUAACAUUGGUCAUAAACUAAAAUAGCUGUACAUUUCCUGACUUACCAUAGCCAAGCUUUUAUUGCUCAUUGUGAAAAUAAAUUAUGGGUUGUUGUUUUUAAAAAAAUACUGGGUUUUCUUACAAAUUAUUUCUUUAGUUUAGUGAACAGGCCAUUUCAUUUUAGUUAUUAGUCUGGCAUAUAAGUGAUGUCAUUGGGACUCACCCUUUUGGAACAUGUUUCUUACCUGAGCUUGAAACUUUCUAUUGAAUAAAUGAUAGUUGUUUUGUAUGGAGCAGGUAAACACAUUAAAUGAGUGAUAGUAGGUCUUUUAUGGAGGAGGUGGACACAUUAAAUAAAUGAUAGUAGGUCUUGUAUGGAGGAGGUGGACAGAUUAAAUGAAUGAUAGUAGGUCCUGUGUGAAGGAGGUGGACAGAUUAAAUGAAUGAUAGUAGGUCCUGUGUGAAGGAGGUGGACACAUUAAAAAAAUGAUAGUAGGUCUUUUAUGGAGGAGGUGGACACAUUAAAUAAAUUAUAGGUCAUUUAUGGAAGAGGUGGACACAUUAAAUAAAUGAUAGUGGGUCUUCUAUGGAGGAGGUGGUCAAACGGAAUAAAAAUAAUUGAUUUGGUUUUGUAUAGCAUAGAUGUACAUAUUGAAUAAAUUAUGUUGGUCUUGUAUGGAGCAGGUGGACACAUUGAAUAAAAAUAGUUGGCUUUGUUUAGCAGAGAUGUACAAUGGGAAUAAAUGAUAGUAGGUCUUGUAUGGAGAAGGUGGACACAUUAAAUAAAUGAUGUUGGUCUUGUAUGGAGCUGGUGGACGCACUGAAUGAAUGAUAGCUGCUAUGAAGAAUGAAAGAGGUCAGAUCACUAGCUGAACAGAAGCCUUAGAGCAGCCAAUGUCACACUAAUGUAUGGUCUUCAUGGCGGCACUACAAUGGGCUUAUUGUUGGCUCAGGGUUGUUGGCUUGUUUUUUGCUUUUGAAUAGAGUAGAUGUGGCUAUUCAUGUAUGCCCAUUACUUAUGACAUCCAUGAAUAAACGUGAUCAGUGGUGGUCCUAGGAGUGUGAAUUAUAGAUGGGCUUGUAAAUCAGUUUUACAGGUCAGCGGCUGAACUCUUAAUUCAACCAAGGUUUGGCCACUUGAAUUAUUGAACACGUUUUAUUCUCUACAUUACAUUCUUUUGUCGGGUUUUGGUCAGCACAGAAGGUGACAGUGAAACCACAUCUAUCUCAUCAAUCCUACACUUACAUUCAAACCACCAGUGACAGUGAAACCACAUCUAUCUCAUCAAUCCUACACUUAUAUUCAAACCACCAGACUAAGUCCCUCAACAAUUCCCAGACCUUAGAUUUUCAUUCUGAAAAUAGCUGCUAUUGAUUUUUUUUUUAUCUAGUCCCCCCCCCCCACCCCCAUUCCCUCCUGCUUGUUUGUUAAGCUUCAAACUAGUGAAAAGAAAAGCUCAAAAUUGUGCUGGGGUAUGGUGUGCCACAUAUUUAGUCAGGGAACAGACCACAUGUUAUGUACAUUUCAAAAUUGCACAUAUGCGUACACACACAGUGAUCCAAAAGCUUCAAGACAUAUGGCCAAGAAAAAAUGCAGGCUUCCCUUAUUUGAUUGCAAGCCCAACUUUCAUCCCCAUUAUUAUCCUAGGUCAGCUAGCCGCAGUAUUUCAUCCCCAUGAUUAUCCUACGUCGACGAGCCACAGCAUUUCAUCCCCAUGAUUAUCCUAGGUCAACUAUCCACAGUAUUUCAUCCCCAUGAUUAUCCUAGGUCAACGAGCCACACUAUUUCAUCCCCAUGAUUAUCCUAGGUCAACUAGCCAUGAACUUAACAUCACCCAAGAUCAUCAUAGCCAUAAUCAUUAAUCAUCCCCGUUUAUCCUAGCUCAUCUUGACAGACAUCUUACUUUCAUUUCACACUACAACGCCCCAAUAGACACACUUCCAGCUCUUGUCACAGCAGCAGCAGUUGAUGAAGAAAACUUAGUAUCCCAAAACUGGCCAAUUAUUUCUGUCUUGUUGAUAUUGAUUUCCUGCAUUUCUCUUUGUUAUCACCAACAUGGUAUGUUCGUUUUGAUGACAGGAUUGGAACUGACCUAUCCCAGUGGUAAGCUAGUUGUAAGCUUUCUGUCCGAUGUGUCAGCUAAGCUUGACAAUGUCAGCACGCCUUGUCCUUGUCAGCACGGCCGGCCUGACCGAGUCAGCACACCACAUCAGUGUUUGACACUCUGAGGCCCAUUGCUUGCUUGCUGUCAUCUGAUGUGUAGUGUUCAAAGUUCUGCCUUUUAAAGAGACCAAACUACUUCAAUGUUCACUUAGUGUUUUAGUCGUGUCUCUAUGUUUCCAUACACCUUUGGUCUACUACUUCAGUGUACUCACAUAGUUACCAUUUACUUUUCUCUACUUCAGUGUUCUCAAAGAGUUACUAUCUAUCUUUAUCUACUCCUUCAGUGUUCUAAAAUUCUUUCCAUCCAAUUUUUCUUAUACUCUGCUAUUGUCUACUAAAGAGUUAUCAAAUCUUUAAAAACUGCUUUUCACAUUUGCUGUUUUGGUGUUGUCAAGUUUCCGCCUAUUAUCUAGUGCAGCUGGAAACAAGUAAUCAUAGGGGUAACCUUGGGCAUACAUCAGCCUAAACAUAGCGAUAUAUCAGUCUCAUCAUAGGUAUACGUCAGCCUAAUCAUAGCGAUAUAUCAGUCUCAUCAUAGGGAUACGUCAGCCUAAUCAUAGCGAUAUAUCAGUCUCAUCAUAGGGAUACGUCAGCCUAAUCAUAGCGAUAUAUCAGUCUCAUCAUAGAGAUACGUCAGCCUAAUCAUAGCGAUAUAUCAGUCUCAUCAUAGGGAUACGUCAGACUAAUCAUAGCGAUAUAUCAGUCUCAUCAUAGGGAUACGUCAGACUAAUCAUAGCGAUAUAUCAGUCUCAUCAUAGGGAUACAUCAGCCUAAUCAUAGCGAUAUAUCAGUCUCAUCAUAGGGAUACGUCAGCCUAAUCAUAGCCAUAUAUCAGUCUCAUCAUAGGGAUACGCCAGCCUAAUCAUAGCCAUAUAUCAGUCUCAUAGGGCUAUGUCAUCCUAAUCAUAGCGAUUAUCAGUCUCAUUGUAGCGAUGCGUCAUCCUAAUCCUAACGAUAUAUCAGUCUAAUCAUAGGGAUAUGUAAGCUGAAUCAUAGCGAUAUAUCAGUUUUAUUAUAGGGAUUCGUCAGUAUAAGGUUACAUCACAGUGAAGCAUAUACUUACUAUCAAAUAAACCGUUUAAGGUCACCUAAGAGAGUGUAGUCCUUCUUCCUUGUUAGUCAGUAAAAAAUGGACACCUAUAAUAAAAAACAAAAUGUGUAUUUCUUACUGCCAAUCUAAUUUGUUUAGUGAGAUAUGAUUUUGACAUUGCAACUCUCAAAGAAUUUCUGGACAUUUUGUGAGGAUAAAGGCUGUAGCAUGACCAGGCAUUGAAUGAAUAUGCGAUCAGGAAGGUUCAUGCAUAAGCCGACAGUGAAUGGGUACGUGAUGAUGAAGGUCGUAGCAUAAGCAGACAGUGAAUGGGUGCACAAUGAUAAAGGUUUUAGUAUGAGCAGACGGUGAAAGAGUGAAUUUUAGCAUUCACAGAGAAGCUUUACAUAUCAAUACAUGAAAUGUCCUUAACUGCAAGUAACCAGUAUUUGGGGUGGGUCAUUCCUAUGUGUCUCUUGACUACCAAGGGAUCUCCUGACUACCAAGGGAACUCCUGAUGACCAAGGAAUCUCCUGAUUACCAAAGGGAUCUCCUGACUACCAAGGGAUCUCCUGACUACCAAAGGGAUCUCCUGGCUACCACGGGAUCUCUUUAUUACCAAGGUUAUCUGGUGAUCACCAUGGGAUCUCCUUGUGACCAGUUGUAUUUUAAGAACAUAAAAGCUCUUGCCUGAAGAGAGAGAAUGAGACAAAGUGACCAAACCAUCCCACACAUACUUUGUUUACAUACAGCGUCUGUACAAAAGCUGGUCAAAUAUUUAUUGUUGUUAGUUAAAGGAAAAGUUUCUGUCAGGCUGAGCUACAGAUUUAGUCAGAUUUAGUCCUGUCUAUUGCUAUUGCCACUUUUUUUAUAUUCCUCUAGUGACAGGCUGUACCGUGAUGUGAAAACUUAAUGAUGGGCUGUACCAUGAUAUAAAAACUGAUGAUAGGCUGUACCAUGAUGUGAAAACUUAUGAUAGACUGUACCAUUAUGUGAAAAUCUAAUGAUAGACUGUACCAUUAUGUGAAAAUAAAAUGAUUAGACUGUACUAUAAAGUGAAAACCAAAUGAUAAACUGUACCAUGAUGUGAAAACGUAUGAUAGGCUGUACCAUGAAGUAAAAAUCUAAUGAUAGACUGUACCAUGAAGUAAAAACCUAAUGAUAAACUGUACCAUGAUGUGAAAACCUAAUGAUAGACUGUACUAUGAUGUGACAACUUGCACUAUAAGAACUUACCCUGGUUAACACCCCAUCUCCCCCCUUUUGCUCCUUCCUUCCGUCUAGUUUCCACUGAGUGUUGAUAAAUUUACUUCCAAAGUUGUGUUCAUCAUAUUGUGAGGUAGUUUUGAACUGUAAUUGUGCUAUGUAACCUAGUUGAUGAGUUUAUUUAGUUCUAUUGCAGAAGUAGACUAUGACGGCAUAAACCUACAUUGAUAUGGCUGAACUCAUUGUUGACUUAUGGGGUGGGGUUAUUUGUUGGAUGGGCUUUAUUCUCUCAUUCAAUGCACUUUUUAUCAUCUCAUUGAAAUCACAGAGACCAAGACUUGUUAUAAUCUCAUUGAAAUCACAGGAGCUGAGAUGUGUUAUAAUCUCAUUGAAAUCACAGAGACCAAGACUUGUUAUAAUCUCAUUGAAAUCACAGGAACUGAGAUGUGUUAUAAUCUCAUUGAAAUCACAGAGACCAAGACUUGUUAUAAUCUCAUUGAAAUCACAGGAACUGAGACGUGUUAUAAUCUCACUGAAAUCACAGAGACCAAGACAUGUUAUAAUCUCAUUGAAAUCAGAGACUAAGACUUGUCAUAAUCACAUUGAAAUCACAGAGACCAAGACAUGAAGCAACAGUGUGUAUUAACAAGCCUAAUUUUAACUUAAUAUUCAUGCUAUUGAUUUCACUCCCAACUCCCCCUAACUCACUUUUCAUUAUGCAAUACUCUGGGUCCCACUGCUGGUACUCCAAUUACUCCAUGUCAAAUCUAAACUAUCCUACCAACAGUCUCUUGUCAGAGUGAAACCAAGCCAUCUGUCAUAUUUUCAAAUAUCAUUUAUGCUGUGGAUUAGAAGAUUUGUCAGGUUACAUGUGCAGCUGGGAUAAUGUAAUCUGCCAUUACAAUACCAGUGCUUCUCAAAAUCUGGCAGGUUAAAAAACAUAAUGCACUGCAAAUUUAUAAAAAAAAAACCAGCCAUCUCAUCAAGCAGACAAUGCAAGCUAAAUAUUGUGUCAUUAGCAAUAAAUUAUCGUCAAGCUGGUUAAUUCUGACAUUACUAGUUUAUUUGGAUUUAAAGGCAUGAGAACAACUUUGUUGUGGUUCAAUUUACUGUACUUUAAACAUGAACAGAUUAUGAAUCUUUUCACUGGCAGUGGAAAAAAAUGUUGAGGCGCUUCCUACUUUGCAAAAUAAGUUCAUUGGGACUAAUGAUUAAAAACUUGAGAUUCCUUGAAAACGUCCAAAGGUAAAGAUUUAGCCGAUUUUUCAACUCUCCAACCAGCAGCUGAAAUACAAAUAUAGUCAUAACUGAUUCACUGCGAGGUGCAUUGAUUUUAUAAUUGGACCAUUUGAGUCCUCUAGAAAUCCAAUGCUGGGGGAGAAAUAAGGGUUGGAAACUGAUAAGGUAGAGCUGAUGCUUUUGGCAUGAUAAGGUAGAGCUUAUGCUUUUGGCAUAUUAAGGUAGAGAUGAUACUUUUGACAUGAUAUGGUAGAGCUGAUACUUUUGACAUGAUAAGGUAGAGAUGAUAUAUUUGGCAUGAUAAUAUAGAGAUACAUUUGACAUGAUAAGGUGGAGAUGAUUUGGCAUGAUACCAUAGAGAUGAUACUUUUGGCACAAUAAGAUAGAGAUGAUACUAUUGGAAUGUUAAGGUAGAGCUGAUACUUUUGGCACAAAAAGGUAGAGAUGACACAUUUGGCAUUAUAAGGUAGAAAUUAUACUGUCGGGAUGAUAAGUGAGAGAUGAUACAUUUGGCAUUAUAAGGUAGAGAUGAUAUAUUUUGCAUGAUAAGGGAGAGAUGAUACUUUUGACAUGAUAAGAUAGAGAUUAUACAAAUGGCAUGAUAAGAUUGAGAUGAUUUGGCAUGAUACCAUAGAGAUAAUACUUUUGACACAAUAAGGUAGAGCUGAUACUUUUGGCAUGGUAAGGGAGAGGUGAUAGUCUUGGCAUUGUGGAGCUGAUACUUUUAACUUGACAAGGGAGUGUUGAUGCUGAUGCUUUUGACCUGAUAUUUUGGCAGAUAUUACAUAUGACCAUAUGUUCUCAUGUUACAGGCAAGCCUGGCAGACGUUAGGAGACAUGGCCAAAGAGGAUGCAAUGGCUGAGUUUGUACAAAAGAUGUCUGAUUCGUGUUCCUUAUUUGAACCAUAUGUAGAGGCACAUAAAGCAGAGAAAGAGGAAGCAGAGAGAAAAUUGUGAGUAGACAUUGUCAGAGUUUGUCUCCUAUGUAAUCUAAGCGCCAGGGGCAUGUGAAUUAUGGAUCAUGACAUACGUCAUGAUGUCUUGUUGGACUUGACAUAUGGCUUGUUGGAGAUGACUUACAUCGUGAUGUCUUAUUGGACAUGACAUACGUCUUUUUGGACAUGACAUACGUCUUGAUGUCUUGUAGGACAUGACAUACAUCUUGAUAUCUUGUUGGACAUAACAUACAUCUUGAUAUCUUGUUGGAAAUGACAUAUGUCUUAAUGUCUUGUUGGACAGGACAUACGUCUUGAUAUCUUGUUGGAAAUGACAUAUGUCUUAAUGUCUUGUUGGACAGGACAUACGUCUUGAUAUCUUGUUGGACCUGACAUACAUCUUGAUGUCUUGUUGGACAUGACAUGUCUUAAUGUCUUGUUCGACAUGACUUAUGUCUUGAUAUCUUGUUGGACCUGACAUACAUCUUGAUGUCUUGUACCACAUGACACAUGUCUUGAUAUCAUGUUGGACAUCUUCUUGGAUAUGCUAUUAUGAUAUAAUUGUUAUAAGUGUCCUUGCUGAGCAUUGCAAAACGGAUAAAUAAAGAUAAAGAAAUACCACUGUAUGGGGAUACGUGUAGGUUGGGGGGUUAUGGGCUGAGAGGUUUGGAGUAAGGAGUCAGUCGGUAGGGGUUGGGGUUGAAGAGGAUAGUGGGGAAAUGUUGGAAAGGGGGGGGGGGGACAUUCAGUUUACAUGUUUUUAAUAAUUGUAAAGCGCUUAGAGCUUUAAGGUAAGCGCUAUAUAAAAAUGCCUAAAUCAAUAAAUAAAAAUUCUGUUGCAUGAUCUUUCAACUUUGUAAUUUUUCCAAAAAAAUCUGACAGAAAAGAGGAAGAGGAAAAACAGAAAGAAGAAAUUGAAGAGACCAAAAAGAAGGCAGCAGAGGAAGCUGCCAGGUUGGCUCAAGAAGCAGAGAAACAAAAGCAACAUGAACAAGAGUAAGUUGUAGACAGAGAAGUCUUGGUCUUAGUAUCAUUGUGAGAACGGAAGGUCAUGGACAUAGAGGUCUUGGUCUUAUUGUUAAUGUGAGAAUGGAAGGUCCACAUACAUAGAGAUCUUGGUAUUAAUGUGAGAAUGGAAGGUCUCAUACAUAGAGGUUUUAGUAUUAAAUUUGAAAGGAAAGAGAAGAUUUUCAAACACAUAAUUGACUAAGUAAAUACAACAGACAAAUAAGUCAUUGAAGUUGAGAAUGAAUAGGACAGAAGCUCUGUAGAGUAGUUCAAGAGCUGGAAGAUAUGAGAAAAUAUGUGGAUGAAAACAGUUAAUUUUAAGUGAAUUUGCUGGAGACAGCCCAGCUAUCUCCACUUUAUUUUGGUGUUAGAAGUAAAUCAAUAGACAUGAUAGGAGACUGCAGUCUGGGAUCAAUAGAUUUUACCACUAGGCUUACAUGGGGGGUGGGGGCUGAUAGGUAGGACAUGAAAUAAGAGGUUUUUAUAAGAGAGAUUUUGGGGAAAGAUUGGGGGAAUUAUUAAAGGGAUUUGGGGUGGGGGGGAGGGGGUUAAGUUUUAAAUUUUAAUCUUUCUUUGUGUUAGUGGUUUGUCCUGUGAGUUGUGUCCCAUCACCCAUCCACCCCCUUUCACACACACUUCAUAGACAUUUACUUGUAUGUUUCUUGCCCUGAUGUUUCAUUAUUUCUAAGCAUUUCCUUAUCCUCUCACCCAUCUAGGCUUGCCAACACCCCCCCCACCCCACACCUUCUAUUUAUUCAAUACCAUCAAAUCCUCUGUGCUACUGUGCCCUGCCCCUCACGCACCAUUCCCCUAAACACCAUCCUUAUCCUAAACCCAAACCCAUCCCAAAAUCUCUCAUACUGGCUCCCCACCCCUCCAUAAAACAGGUUUCCUAUCCCCCUCCCCCCCCUCAGACCCCCCAACCCUUCCUCCUUAACAUCACCCCCCCACCCCCCUUAUAUACCCAUUCUCUGUCCCUGUUCCUUAACCCUCGCCAGAUGAGACAAUCUAUUCUUUUACCAUACCAUUUGGACAUUCGCUGUAUGUGUAGCCUUGGUUAAUGUCUAAGUUGACACUGGCGGGAGACUGUUUGGGGCAAGAUUACAUUUGCUUAUUGAUCCAAGCCUAAAGGAAAUUUGUUUGGAUUACAAUCAACAAUUAUUUUUCCAAUUUGCUUUUUUUUUUUAAAAUAUAUUUUUAAAAACGUGAAUUGAACAAAACAAAUUCCCAUUAACUUCACAAUUUAAACUAGCGCAAUAAUAAUUCCCUUUUUAAAAGGAGGAGGGCAAAAAAAAAAAGGAACAAACAUUAUUUGAAUGUUUAAAUAUUAUUAUGAACAAAGAGCACACUCAUUUUGUCAUUAUGUCAAUCAAUAGAAUGACAGCAAUGCUGGUAAAUAUUUUAUAUUCAAGUCCAUUUUUUAAAACUUUCCUGGGGGGGGGUUGAAAUUAUUAAAACUUUAACAGCUAUAGUUUAAAACAUUCUUAUAAUUUAACAAAUUUGAAAGUACACCAUUUUUCUGGGUUUGAUCUUGCCAAGUUUGGCUGCACUCCCUCUAUCUAUGCACCACCCAUGUUCCCAAGGGUUUUACUAUCUGUCUAGGUUUGUACUGACCAUGGGUCCUGGGGUUCGACCAUACCAAGUUUGGUUGCCUUUUAGGUUUGCGGAUUUAUCUAUAUCUCGAAGAAAUUCAUCAAUAUUAAUAUAUUUGGCUUAUGUAAGUCACAUUCAUGCAAAAUUAUAUUUUGUCCCCUUCCCACAGGUUACAGAUCCGAGCUGCGCUCAACCAACAAACUCAGGUUCAGUUCAGGCAGUACGCUGAGCAGCAGUAUCCCAACAACCAGGCCAUGGUGCGACUUCUUUUAAACACAUAUUAUGACCCAAUGAAACAUGUGCAUUGAUUCACUUAAACAAAGUACUUUGACAGAACAUGUUGAUAUAUUACCCAUUUGACUAUUCAUAACAUUAUCAUAUUGACCAACCAUAACAGUUUAUUUUGAUAAAUCAUGUUGACGUUCAGAAAUUCAACAUUGAUUUGAAUAAAACUUGUUUUACAUUCUCCCACUAUGGUCCAGGUAACUAAGUAUUGGCUAUAGACAAGAUAAGUAAGGCUAACUCAGCUUUGGAUAAGGGUUAGGUCUAGAUUGAAAAAUUAAGGGUUAGUCUUAGUGAGGUAUAGACUUGGUAACUAAGGGUUAGUCAUGUAUAGGCUAAGUAACCAAUGGUAGACAGGUAUAGAUUUAGGUAACUAAGGGUUAGUCACCUUUAGAUAACUGAAGUUUCAUCAUAGUAAAAAUGGAUACUUGUGUUUAAUGCAGUAGCAGUAAUUGGAAAAACUAGAUACCAAUUGUCUUGUCCACAGCAAGACGACCUAAUUCAACAGCUGCAGGACCAGCACUUCCAGCAGUACAUGCAGCAAGUCUACCAACAGCAGCUGCUCCAACAACAGAACUUGACCACUCCCAACGGAGAUGUUACAGCCAAUGGCAGUAGCACGGAGCAUGUCAAGGCAAUGGCUUCACCCAUUCCAGACGGCGUCACACCUAUUUCUCCAUGUGGUGAUGAUGAAGAAGGUAAGACACAGCUGUUCAGUGUCACAACUAUUUCUCCGUGUGUUGAGGAAGGAGUGAAGCCACACCUGGCUUGUGGCGGUAACUUAAGUCACACCUAGAUAGAGUGUAGUUUUGCAAUGCGGAUUUAAAAGAAAGCAUUAUUUUAUCAUUUUCAGGAAAUUAAUUUAUGAAUAAUUUAAAGGGUAAAGAAAUAAACUAGGGAUGACAAAAAAAGUAUGUAACUUUUGGAUUAUUAAGUUUUGAGAAUGGGAACCAAAAAAUAUUUCAAGAAAUUUUUUAUAUAAAAUCAGUAGUUCCCAAACCUUUUUGCGAUUCUUGACACUCUUGCUGAAUUUAGAUUUUCUCAAGACGCCCUAAGUCAACUUUAACUAGUACAUUACGAAAAAGGGAUUAUUUUUUUUAGAAAUAAAUGUUUCGGGAAUAAUAAAUAAACAUGUAUAUACCACAAAGCGCCAUGUAGUAAACAUUUGUAAAGAGAUUUUUCUAAAAGUUAUUGCUAGGACAGUUUCUGAUGUGCACCUCGUUUACUAAGUUCCUAUCAUAUGGAAUUAAAUUGAAAUAAAGAUAGGAUUUAAAAAAUUAUUUUCAUUCCGCUGCACCCCAGGGAAGAAGCUACAGUUUCCCAGACCGCAUUUAUGAACAGUUUGGGAGCCACUGUAUUAAAUGAAGGAUUUUAUGUCCAGACCUGAAUGAUGUUCUGUUUGUUGUUGGAAUUGACAGUGUGUAAACCCACCUUAAGGCUAACUAAAAUCAUACUAGAAAUAUUAAAAACCACAAUGGCCGCCCUUGUCAUCCAAUGAUCCUGAUUUGAAUUCUCCCAGCUGCCAUUACGUCUCUGCCCAAAAUAGUCCCAGCCUCUCUAUGGACCAGGAAAGAUCUGAAGGAGUUCAAAGAUGGCCUUAGGUCAUCCAAAGAGAAUGUAGUUCGCAUCGGUUCCCUGGCCACAGCCACGGUGAGACGUUGGUGUUGAGCGGCGCCUAGUCAUUUGUGCUCUCUAGAAGGCCUUCGAUAUUGUCUCACAGCUUUCAGUUCCAUUUAUCUUGUUAUCCAAUGGCUACUUGCUUUAAUGCACCAAAAAAUAUUUUGACUUUAGACAACAGCCGAUAAUUUACUUUUUAAAAAAAUAAUUUAAAUGUAUCUUUCAACAUCCUUACUUACAUCCAGAUGUCUCAAUACAUGUGUGCAACACCAUAUAGGUAGAUUUAAUAAUUAACUAGCCAGAAGUGCAAGUUACGUCAAGAUUUUUCAGUUUCUGAGUACAUGAAAAUAAUUGCAAUAUAAGAACAUUAUGAACACCCGAAUUUGUGUAAGGAAUUCUCCCACCUGUUUAGUCCUUAAGACCAGGUUGAGCCAGUGUCAUGUGGUAACUGUUAUCAUGUUCCACCAGUGGGGUUGGCCCUAGAUGUGUUGGGAAUUUGUCUUGUCUAUCUAUGUUCAUCAGCACCAAGGCUUUCAUUGUCUCCAAUACACUCAUAUUAUUGUUACAUGUCUGACCCUCUUACCUGCAACUAUCAAUACAAGAUUUGUUCUAUAAUCUCUAUCAUUUGACAUUCAAUAAUAUCUGAUUAGUUGUCAAAGAAUUUGAACUGCCCAAAGUUGGUGAAUGUAAUUUCUUAAUAUGUAAAACUGUGCCAACGUGUUUAUUGGUGUCAUUUUGUGUUUAAAUUGGCCAGUUUAUUUUAAUAAUCAUUUUAUGUGGUACUUAAUGUUACAAUAUAGUUGAGUGAAGCAUAAAAUUUUACUUUUCCACAUCCAAAUAUUUCUACCUUAAGUUAAGCUUACUUAAUUCAAAAAUAGAAGGGGUGGGGGGGGGGGGGGGGCAGGGGGGGGCAUAGCGUUUCUUUGGAAAUGUGGAUCAGCUUUAAGACAAAGUGUAUUAUUGUUGGAUUAACGAGCAGUGGUCUGUGGACCAACUCCUGAAAGCAAACUCCAUAGAUUUUAAAUUGGUCUGUGAUGGGCUUGAGCUCUAGGAUUUCUAGGAAGCCACCAGAAUGACACAGAAUCAGUCUGUACAUGGCUCUUUACAAAUAAUUCAUUUUAAAUAAACUGUUUGCUAACACAAAACGGCUAAUCCAAUCAUCUGAAAUAUCAAUGGAAGAACGAAGAGCGCUGUCUUUAAAAAAAAUUGAGAUAAUCAUUUUUUUGGCAAGACAACAUACCAAUUCAUCAUUGUUUAUCUUCUUAUCUUUACGCACCCCCCCUCACACACCAUCCCUCCCGCCCAAAUAAAAAGCUAGUUGUGUGAUAAGCAAACCCCUAUUUUCUAUUAAAUGUUUGAUGUUGUUGACAUAUACUUUCUAUCUCUCUGCACCACCUGUGCCCCUCCCCCACCAUUUCCAAACCACCAUCAUUGGGCCACCUGUUUGGAUGUGUAGAAUACCCUUUGGCGGCAGCCUCAAUGUGGACCCGCAAAGAUAUUAAGGAAUUCAAGGAGUCGCUGGUCAAAGAUAAAGAAUCUGUGAUAAAAAUAGGCUCGGGGGAAACGGUUACGGUGAGUGUUGAGGGAUAACUCUGUCAGCUUGAUGAGUAGUCACCUGGUAGCUAUGCUUUAUUUCCUUCCCUUAGUGUUGUCAGGACAGUAGGAAAUAUGUAGUCUCCCACCCGCUUGGAUCGUCUUUCUUUUCUUGCUUAAUUGUUUACAUUAAACACUAGAGCUUUGUGUGUAGUCCCACGCCACAUGUAUAACAAUGUCACUUGGCAAUAAAAGGUACCAGAAAAGAUAACCCUGUAUACAAUGACAAUGCUAUGAUGCAGGUUAUGUUGCAUUGAGGUUUAGGAGAACUUUUCCUCAAAUGCCUCUCUGUAACUAAAUGUCCCAUUAAACAGAAGCUUGUCAGAAAUUUGAAGUCCCACAUAUCCUUUUUACUCAGCACUGUAGUUGGCUAACCUCACUGUUCUUACUACAUGAAUUGUAUUUACAACUUACAUUCUUUGUUUAGUGGAUCUAUGAAAUGGUAAAAUAAAAGCUGUACAGAGUUAGUCAAAUAGAAUCAAUGGUAAAAUAAAUCUGUACAGAGUUAGUCAAAGAGAAUUAAUGGUAAAAUAAAAGCUGUACAGAGUUAGUCAGAGAGAAACAAUUGUAAAAUAAAUCUGUACAGGAGUUAGUCAAAUAGAAUCAAUGGUAAAAUAAAAGCUGUACAGAGCUGUACAAGAAAAUCACAGAUAAUUAUUUAUAUUAACUCAAUAAUGUUUUUAUUUCCAAUUUGCAUUUAGCUCACAAAAAAUGUGGGUUCUGUCCAUGAGUUACCAGUAAUAAAGGAACCAUCAUAUAAUGGAUGGUACCCACCCCUGUAAAUGAUAGCCCUAAUUAUAAUCCAUUUUCUUUAGGUGAGGGUACCCACACAUGAAGAUGGUACCUGCCUGUUCUGGGAGUUUGCCACCGACUACUACGACAUCGGCUUUGGUGUUUACUUUGAGUGGAGCGUCUCCCAGACCAAUACUGUCAGCGUCCACGUUAGCGAGUCCAGCGAUGAAGAGGAGGAGGAAGAGGAAGGAGCGAAGCCAGAAGGUAGGAACAUGAAGGGUCUGAUCUUUGACCUGUACUUGACUACAGUGGAUGCCAGUUGUUUUACUUAGCUGUGCAGCGUUCCAUACCAUAGCAGGAGUUCCCCAGGCUCUGCAUUUUUCCCAUUACCUGUCUUUAGUGAAAUAAUUCCUUGAAUCACUUAGAUGUUCUAGGUUCCAUUAUAUGACUGUAGUGAUGGCAUUCCUUGAAUCACUUAGAUGUUCUAGAUUCCAUUAUAUGACUGUAGUGAUGGUAUUCCUUGAAUCACUUAGAUGUUCUAGGUUCCAUUCCUUUUGACUGCAGUGAGAGUUAAGGAAAUGUUUUCACCACACUUCAUAGAGAUAGUUAAAAAGUUGAUUUCACAAAAUCUAUGAGGCGGGCAUCUAACGAAACAAUUUUUUAUCCUAUAUAGAAUAGGGGCGUUCAUUGAAUUAUGAGUAAAUUAUUCAAAUAACUUAAUAAAAUGUCUUGAGUUACAAACCCAAUGCUAUUCCUAUGACAGAAGGCAAGGCGGGUGACGUAGAGAAAGGUCCAGGCUCUAAGAAAGCUGAGAACCGGCCCCCCACCGAUGAGAUUAUACCUGUCUACCGCCGGGACUGUCACGAGGAGGUCUACUGCGGGAGCCACACGUACCCCGGGCAAGGCGUUUACCUUCUCAAAUUCGACAAUUCUUACUCUUUAUGGCGGUCCAAAACACUUUACUACAGAGUGUACUAUUCCAGAUAAGUGUGAAGCAUACUGACGGUGAACAGGGGGACACACACGUGUGAUAAACUGACAGCUCUUGUGGGAUUAAUCUCUAGAUGUAUGAUAUAAAGAAUGGAAGGGACAGGUGUGUUGAGGAACAUCCCCUACAUCCCUCCCAUCUUGUCACGUCCAUUUGAAGACCCUAGUGCUAAAAGUAUUUAAUUUUAAAAACUUUUUUUGUUAAAAUCAAUCUAUAAACUGUGACAUUUUCUCAUCAGGUUUAGCCAAGUGUAUUGCAUUAAUUUGAACACAUUAAAAUGUAAAAAUUCUCUUAUUUAAACAAGCCACACAAAAAAAAAGAUCAAAUUUCAAAGACAAAAAAAAAAUAUUUAAACUGGAUUUUCUAAAAAAAAAUAUUGUAUUUUGUGACUUAAGUACAUUUAGCACUAAGUCCUUCAAAUUUUAUUUCUGUACUAUAUUUUUAUUAUUAUAUGAACUUACUGGAAACAAAUAUUGCAAUAAAAACAUAGAAUAAUAAAGUAAUCUCCUUUUGUUUACUUAAUUUAAACAAAUGUCCCAGUCUGUGUUUUUUUAUGAAACAAAUGUCCCAGUCUGUGGCUUUCUUGAAACAAAUGUCCCAGUCUGUGGUUUUUUCAUGAAACAAAUGUCCCAGUCUGUGGCUUUUAUGAAAACAAAUGUCCCAGUCUGUGGCUUUCUGGAAACAAUUGUCCCAGUCUGUGGCUUAAAUGAAACAAUUGUCCCAGUUUGUGGCUUAAAUGAAACAAUUGUCCCAGACUGUGGCUUUUUUUUAAAAACAAAUUAUGUAACCAAGAGUGUUUUUUGUUCAUGUCAAAUCUGUCAAGGUUGAAAUAAUUUGAUUGAAUACAUUUCCCUCAGUGACAGGAAGUGGACCCAGGAGAAAUGAACAAAGCAAUGUUUGUAAUGUUCAAUCUAGAAAUAAGGAGAUGGGCCACUUGGGAAAUUCCCUUGUUUCUUGUUUGUAUGCUAGUGAUGAAAUUAUCUUCAGCUGACUCCAUGAUCAUGUGGGUGUGUAUGCUAAAAAUAAAAUAAUAUUUAAUUGAUUUAAUGAUUGAUUGGUGUGUUAAGAGUGAAAUCAUUUUCAAUUCUCUGAAUGAUUGUGUGUUUGUAGGCUAAGAAUAAAAUAAUGUUAAAUUGAGCAGACUUUCCUAGUUGUAAGCCUUGAACAGGAACCUUGCUCUAUCAGCUUAUUUUCCUUGUAAACCCACAUCAAGUUGGUCCCUAGACUCAUGUAAUCUAUCAACUUAUUUUCCUUACAAGCACACUCCAAGUUCGUCCCUAGAAUCAAGCAAUCUAAUAACUUAUUACCCUUAUAAACACACUCCAAGUUGGUCCCCUAGAAUCAAGCAAUCUAACAACUUAAUUACCCUUAUAAACCCCCUCCAAGUUGGCCCCCUAGAAUCAAGUGAUGUACCGUUCUAUUGAUCAAGAAAAUGUUCUAUAUUUUCUACGGUAAUUAUCAGGUGAAAUAAGAUUCUUUUUUUUGUUGUUUUUUUUGUUAAACCAAAUAAAUGGAAAUGUGUUAUUAUUGCAACACUCUAUUUACACAUGUGACAUAUUGUUUACAUUGCAUUGCUCAUGCGACCUGUUGGUUUCAGUCUCGGAAGUCCUUGUCUGAGCUUUUCUUGUUCUCUAAAACUUUGGUCUGAAGAAAGGCGCUCGGUGAAUAUUUGUUUGGUCAGAACUGAGG